CAGCAUUUGACACCUUCACGCGCGUGGCUGGGGGAUUCAUGCCAUGGUGGGUAUAGCCCUUGCCAGCCGAACUCUUUUGCUGGCCGAACUGCUGGGAAACACCGUCUUCGCGACAGCAACAAACUCCUCAGAGGCUUGCGAGGACACGCCUGGCUGGACGAAUGGAUAUACUGCAUGUAACAACUACGUACCUGUGGACCCGGACUGUCACAAAGAUGGCGUGGUUUGUCACUUCUACAAGGCGCAUCCCAGCUUCUGUGAGAAAGGGAUGAAGGAUCCCUGGAUGAACUGUUGCACCUGCGGUGGGGGUUCGAGUUUUAAUGGGCAGCGGCCCACCCAGCCUCCCGCACCAAAGGUCAAGAUGCCGAGUGUUUUGGACUGGCUGCCAGGCAUCCACAGCAUGGAGAAGCAGAUGGGGAAGAUGAAAGCGACCAUGGACCAGAAGCUGAAACCCUUUGAGAAGGGCAUGCAUGAGGUCUAUGCCGGCUUGCGACAGCCUGACUUCAACGCGCCGCCCGAGCUGGAAGGCAAUCCCAUGACCCAGGUGAAUCUGGUGGUCUUCUUCAUCAUUUUGCUGGUGACCAUUGCCACCUCCUUGGGAUAUCUCUUGGAGGUGGAAUGCGAUCGCUUGUCUCAGCCGCAGGCACGUUCACCUUUCUGGGCGAGCGCCAUGCUGAUCGCAAGCUACGUCUUGCUGGUUCCUGGCUUGACGCAAGUGAUUUUCAGCUUCAACAUCGUUGUCAACGUCUUAGGGCACCGCAUCGACGUUCAGCCGGAGAAGGGCCACGUCGCCUGCACCGAGACCAUCACUGGCCUGGUGGAGUUGCUGAACCGCACCGGAUCCAGGACGGGGGCCGUGCUCAUCGUGCUCUAUGCGGUCGUGGUGCCCAUCCUGAAGUUGCUGCUGCUGGCGCUCGGGGAGGCCUUCAGGUAUUCCAGUGCACGUGGGUGCGUGAUGAUCUCACGAACGUGCAUCCUUGUCGUCCAGAGCAUCUCCAAGUGGGCGUGCCCAGACAUGUUUGCCUACAUCUUGUUGGUCCAUUUGGUGCGGCUCUUGGACAAUGGCUCCCUUAUCCUCACUGCUGCGAAGCUGGACAUCGGCUUCUCCUGCUUCAGCGUCUUUUGCGUUUGCUCCACCAUCUCGUCUCUGGGAAUCCGUUUGCCGGAGCUACCCAACUCGAGUGCCAGGACGCCCUGGUGCAGUCCGUCCAUGCUGCGGCGGGUCACCACGGUGCUUUGCGUGGCUUUUGUCAUACUCUUUGGCGUUGGCCUUUUUUUGCCCUGCAUGGCCUUGAGGAUCGAUGAACGCCAGCUUUAUCCACCCAACGGCUCGGUGCCCUACUCCGCGAAGCCCUUGGUGGAGUCGCUGGCGAUCCCGGAGCUUCUGAAAGCGGAUAUCAGUAUAUUCUCCUGCACCUCUUGGUUACUUCGUGAGAUCGGCGGUGAAGCCAACAGUUUGUUUGCUUUCGCGAUGUUUGGCUUCUGCGUGAUUGUUUUGACCGCUGCAGACGUGCUUUUGUUGGCACUCAGUGCUUGGCGCCUGGGCGAGGUCGAAGGGCCUUGCCGCUUCUACUCCUGGGCCAAGAUGGUCCGGAAGCUGGCAAUGCUUGAUGUGUCCAUCAUGGGUGUAUAUGUCAUCACCUUUUGCAUGGGCAUUUACAAGAAGCAGGGAAUUGUGGUGUCGACCCGCGAAGGCCUUCCGGUGCUGAUCGCGGCAGAGGUGAUGCACACCUUGAUCUACUGGCUCGUCUCAGGUACAGUGGAGGCGCAUGAAGCCGCCGCCACCGAGCAGAAGCUCUACGUCGUCCGGCACGGUGGACCUUUGGUCCGGCCCUGACCAGAAGAGUACAAGGUGGCCGACACCGAAGAGGGCUCACCCAAGAAGUUGGACUUCUGCUGCCACGUGAACCAGUUUCUGAGCCGAGCCCGUCAGAUGGGCGUUCGCUGAGAGGGCGUCCAGAGUGGUGCACAGCGGAUCGUGGAAAUCCCACCGAAUUGCGCAA